AUGAAUGGCCUAUCAAGUACAGCUCACUUACUAAUAAGAAUAGUUAAAUCUGCAUUAAAUCAAAGAAAUGUCUUCACCUUAUCAUUCAAUUUCACUUUAAAUUUCUUACCAGUAAUAAUAUGGUUAUCAAUCUUUAAUAAUGCAGGUUUAAUCCCAAUAGAAAUAAGACCCGCUAUUCACAGUAAAAUAGCCUUCUAUUCGGAUGUUUUCAUGUUCGGUGACUGGUUUCAUGAAUUGAAAACUCAAUCAACACAUUUUAAUCCUUAUUUCUCAUAUUUUGUAUCAUUAUCAUUCAUGUUUCUAUUUCUAAUCAUUCUACCCCUCUCCAUCUGGUAUUACAUCUAUUACAUCAAAAAAUUAAACUAUAACAUAAUAGAAUGGUACGAUAAUUAUUUCCAUUUUAACAAUACUCAAAAGAUUAACCCAAAGAAACCUAAAAUUUUGAUUCUACCAUUUUUAAUACCGUUGCUUGCUUAUAUCGUAUUAAAUCUCGAUCACACUUUUGCCUCUCAAUUGGAAUCAAAUUUCAAUAAAUUUAAAGAUAUAACCGCUUGGUUCUCCUACGUUAUCUUACACGUAACUACACCAAUCUUAACUGCCGUAUAUUUAUACGUGUUCCAUCCUGCAGGUACUUUGAAAUGUUUCUCAUUUGCAUUAGGUUUACAAAAUAUCGCCGGGGUCUUCACUCAUUUGCUUUUCCCGACUGCAUCCCCAUGGUUCACCCAUUUAUAUGGUAUCAAUGAUUCUGAACACGUCAAUUAUAAACAAGAGGGGUUUGCUGCAGGGUUAAUUAGAGUUGAUAACCAUUUAGGUACCCAUUUAAAUACUAACGGUUUUCAUCUAUCGCCAAUUGUCUUCGGUGCUGUCCCUUCGUUACAUUCUGCGAUAGCUUUCCAAUGUUUCCUUUUCUUAAUAACAAGAUGCGGCUCUUUGAAACAUAGAUUCAUAAGCACAGAAACAGCCAUGCCCGGUGGCAACCUUCAAGGUGAUUUACCAUUAAGGGAAAUUAGACGCAAUGAUAGUAACAUUUCAACUAGUAGUUCUUCAGAAGAAGAUGAUCAACAACCAUUCGAUGAUGAUGAUUAUGAUGUAGAAGAGGAUUUCUUAAGAACAAAAGAAAAUUCUCAAUUCAUUAAAUUGUACGUAGAAGAUGUCACUUACAGUAACAGAUGGUAUUUCAGAAUUUUUAAUAAAGGUCUAAUACCAAAAUUACUAGUUUGUUCUUACAUCAUCCUACAAUGGUGGGCAACCAUGUAUUUGGAUCAUCAUUAUCGUUUCGAUUUAUUUGUUGGAAUGCUAUACUCUCUAUCGAGUUUCCUAAUCAUCAAUUCUACAAUUUUACAACCAAGAGUAUUAAAAAAUUGGAUAGAUAUGAGAAUGGGUAAAAACACUGACGUUAAUAAUGAAGCAAGAACAAUGGGUAUGAGAGUAUUCCAAGGCACGAAAAUAGAAUGGUUCUUUGACCCAUUAGCUUAA